AUGAAAUCGGACAUUUUAGUAAAAUUUGAAAAGCUGGCCGCUUUAUUUCUUGAAUUUGAGAAGGACUAUAAUGAAAUGCCACAAGAAAAUCGAACUUCUUUUAGCAUUGACCUUCAAAAAGAUGAAUUUAAGGAUUUAUGGGAAAAGGUAAAAGCAAGUUACGAGACUUUCGCUAUUACCAACACUGUUAAAGAUUCAGAUGAAGAUUGUGAUCAGGCAAAACGGUUGUAUAAGGAAUGUAGAUUAGCCUACAUAACUAUUGCGGCUUUAAUGGGUGAACUGUCUCAAUCCUUUAUAAACAAGCCAGUUUUGAGUUCAACUCAUUGUGCAUCUGGGAACUGUGGAGACUUAGCUACUGUGGUGAAUCGCACUUCUAGCCAUCACAUGAAGUUGCCACCUUGCACGAUGGAAAUAUUUAAGGGCGAUUAUGGUUCUUGGCCCUCUUUUCGCGAUAUGUUCACAGCCGUUUAUAUUAACUGUGAUGAUUUGUCGGGAGUUGAGAAAUUGUUUUAUUUAAGACAAUUCACAUCUGACGAUGCUUUGGAAAUUGUUAAGAAUUCGCCUUUGACAAAUCAAGGAUUUCAAAAUGCCUGGAAUAAUCUAAGUGAGGCUUAUGAAAAUAAAAGGAUUUUGGUCAACAGCCAACUUAAGAUUUUAUUCAACCUUUCACCCGUUAAAACUGAAUCAGCUAAGGAUAUAAAAAGGCUUCAAAGGGACAUCAAUAAUUGCAUUUCGGUCUUGAAUUUACAUGAUAUAGAUAUCUCUACAUGGGACCCUAUUUUUGUAUAUCUGUGUUCCAUUAAAUUACCAGUCCUCACUUUGUCAUUGUGGGAACAGAGUGUGAAAAAUAAGAAAGAGAUACCGAAAUGGCGAGAAAUGGACACUUUUAUAACAUCCCGAUUUCAAUCUUUGGAAACAGUGUUCGAUAUUAGUAAUUCUGGUUUGAUGAGUGGAACACAAAAAUCUGAUUCGGAGGAUGCUGUCAACCCUACUGGAAAUAGGCAAAAUGUAAACAGAUUUAAGUCCAAGAAUAAGUCUAAUUUUGGAAAUAAUGCAUCAUCUGGAGGAAAAUUUAGAAGUUUUCAAGCGAAGGUGAUAGGAAAGUCCUGUAUUUUAUGUUCAAGAGACCAUUUGUUGAGAUUUUGCUCGAAAUUUUUGGAAAUGAAUCCCGGAGAAAGAUUUUUGAUAGUGAAGAGAAAUAAUCUUUGCAUUAAUUGUUUAGGUACCGGCCACAAGUUAGAUACUUGUACAAGCAAAUAUAGUUGCUCAGUAUGUAAACUGAAACACCAUUCUAUGUUACAUCGGGAAGUAACAGAAACAUCUACGAAUAAUAAUGAUAGCUCAGAUAGGCCAACUACCAGUCAAGCGGUUGUACAAACUCAGACCGUACAAAAUUGUUUUGUAACUGCAAGACAACAAGUUUUGUUGGGAACUGCUUUAGUAAAUAUUAUAUCUCGAGGCGACGUGUUUACUGCAAGGGCACUUAUAGAUUCAGGUUCACAGGCUACAUUCAUUUCGGAAAGAUUGCAGAGGAAACUUAAUUUGCCUAUUAAGAGUAUUUGCGCUAAGGUUUCAGGUUUGAAUGGCGCGUUAGCAGGGUCUGUUCAAAAGCAAUGCUCGUUUGUUUUGAGCUCUCCCCAAAAUUCAGGUUUUAGGCUUGAAGUUCAAAGUCUUGUUUUACCGAGAUUGACUGGGAAGUUGCCUGUUGAUUCAGUUGAUGUUUCUCAAUGUUCUUUAUCUAAUCUUAAGUUAGCGGACCCAAAUUUCUCGAGAAGCAGUCAAGUUGAUAUUUUGAUUGGGGGCGAUAACUAUCCUAGGAUCAUGCUAGGUGGUGUUAGGAAAAAUGUCUUAGGAAACUUGAUGGCGCAGGAAACACAUUUUGGAUGGAUUUUGACUGGUCCACUUCCUAACCCGAAUAAAGAAAUAUUCACAACAAGUGUUUCGUAUUUUACUGAUGUUAGUUUGGACAAGCAACUCGAGAAAUUUUGGACCUUGGAAGAACCGCCGCAACAUUCCCGACUCACACCAGAAGAUGAAUAUUGUGAAGAACAUUUUAAGAAUACAGUUAAGAGAAAUUCUGAAGGUCGUUAUGUUGUCUCACUACCUUUCAAACAGCAGUAUUCGACUGAUAGGUGUUUAGGACAUUCGCGUGAGAAAGCCAGGAAACAGUUUUUGCGAAACGAGAUUUCCCUGAAAAGAAAUCCUGAGUUGAAAUUGAUUUAUGAGAAUGUUCUUUCCGAAUAUGAAGUUUUGAACCAUAUGGUCGAGGCUGAAUAUAAUGAGUCAGACUUUUCAGAUACAUAUUAUUUGCCACACCAUGCAGUUUUUAAGCCUGAAAGCUCUUCAACGAAAGUAAGAGUUGUUUUUAAUGCGUCCAGCCGGACUACAACUGGGCUGAGUCUUAAUGAUAUAUUGUACCCUGGACCUAUUUUGCAAAAUGACUUGAUGUUGCUAAUAAAUAGAUGGCGUUUCUAUCGAUAUGUUUUUAAUGGUGACAUUGAAAAAAUGUAUCGCCAGAUUCUAAUUGAUCCCAAAGAAACUAAACUUCAAAAAAUUAUAUUUCGUAAGAACCAUAGCGAUAAUUUGGUAGAUUUUGAAUUAAAAACAGUUACUUUCGGUGUUAAUUGUGCUCCUUUUUUGGCCAUCAGAACUCUACAUCAGUUAGCUGAAGAUGUCGAAGACAAAUGGCCGUUAGCUUCAAAAAUUUUACGCCGCAUGAUGUAUGUGGACGAUGCUCUCGCAGGAGCACAUGAAGUUUCGUUGGCUAUAAAAGCUCGUGAUCAAUUGAUCCUAGCAUUAUCAUCCGCUGGAUUUUCUAUGAGGAAAUGGACCUCAAAUGCUGAACAAAUUCUUAACGGUUUACCAGCAGAACAUCUUUUGAAUGAAAACUUUUUAGAAAUUAAUGAUGAAAGUGUGGCAAAAACUCUAGGUAUACGAUGGAAUGCAAAACUUGAUGAAUUUUAUUUUUCUACGUCCACAAUAUCAUUGAAAGAAAAUUUUACAAAACGGGAAGUUCUAUCUACUAUUGCCAAACUUUUCGAUCCAGCUGGAUGGUUAGGACCGAUAGUAAUUAUAGCAAAAAUAUUGAUGCAACAAAUUUGGAGUGAGGGAACUGAUUGGGAUGAAAUUAUUUCAAAAGAUGCUGGGAUAAAAUGGAGACAAUUUCUUGUUGAUUAUGAAUCGAUAAACGAUAUUCAUAUUUCUCGUUGGGUAGGAUUCAAACCUACGACGAUACUUGAAGUUCAUGGGUUUUGUGACGCUUCUGAAAAGGCUUAUGGAGCUUGUAUUUACGUACGAGUCCAUAAUGGAGUUAAUGCAAUACAUUCGCAUUUAUUACUAGCCAAAUCAAGAGUUGCCCCUCUCAAGACUAUUUCGUUACCACGUCUGGAACUUUGCGGAGCUCUUUUACUAGCAGACUUAUUGGAAAUUGUUAGAAAAGAUUUAGAUUUGGACCAAAAUGGGACACGAUUUUUCACUUGGUGCGACUCAAUGAUUGUUUUAGCUUGGCUUCAGAAGCCACCAAAUUCGUGGACUACUUUCGUUGCUAAUCGAGUUUUGAAAAUUGUAGCAAAAACUGGCAAAGAAUGCUGGAGACAUGUGAGCUCAAAAGACAACCCGGCGGAUUUAAUUAGUCGUGGUGUUCGCCCACAAGACUUGAUCGAAAGUCAUCUUUGGUGGAAUGGUCCUUCAUGGCUUCGUUCUCCUUCUAAUUAUUGGUUAUCUCCAACAUGUGUAGAUUUUGGCACAAGGAAAGAAGAGAGAACACAUAAAGUUUUUUUCUCGUAUUUUAAAUCAUAUUCUGAUCUUUUGGAGAAUUUUUCGUCUUACGGCAGAGCUCUCAGGGUAAUGGCAUAUGUAGUAAGAGGAAUUAAUGGAAUUCUUAAAAUUAACCAACAUUUGUUUACUUCGUUGGACAUUUCAUCAGAUGAAUUGAAAUCUGUGAAAGAAAAACUGAUUAUUGUUGCUCAGAAAGUUGACUUUGCUGAUGAAUAUCAUAAACUUUCGGAGAAAAAAUUGCUAACUAAUAGCAAAGUAUUGAAUUUAAAUCCGUUUUUGGAUGAAAAAGGUAUGAUACGUGUAGGAGGUCGCUUGGCGAACGCACCGAAUUUGACCUAUAAUGAGAAGUUUCCCAUUUUAUUACCAUCCAGUUGUCAAUUUGCGAGACUUUUUGUGAAAUUUAUUCAUGAUAUUACACUGCAUGGAGGUAAUCAACUUAUGUUGAGGGUGCUACGUACACAGUUUUUCAUUCCCCGGGCCAAGAAUUUGAUAAAAACUAUAAUAGGCCGCUGCAAAACAUGUACUAUUCGAAAAAAGGCAACACAUAGUCAAAUUAUGGCAGCACUUCCUACACUUCGAACAAUUAUAACUCGACCUUUCACCACGACUGGUGUUGACUUUGCCGGCCCCUUUGAUAUUCGAAAUUAUACGGGCCGAGCUUGCUUGAUAACGAAGGGUUAUGUUUGUGUUUUCAUAUGUUUCGCUACGAAAGCAAUUCAUCUAGAAGCAGUCAGUAGUUUGUCAACUCCCGCGUUUUUGGCGGCUUUUUCUCGAUUUGUAUCUCGUCGUGGUUGUCCAAAGAAUAUGUAUUCAGACAAUGGAACCAAUUUCGUCGGUGCGUCGAGAGUUUUAAAGACUGAAUUUCGUAGUUUCCUUCGUGACAUAGGUUCCGAAGUAAACUCUGGAUAUGCACAUCAAGGAAUAAACUGGCAUUUUAAUCCUGCUCGUGCCCCUCAUAUGGGGGGUUUAUGGGAAUCGGGGGUUAAAAGUUUUAAACACCAUUUUCGUAGAAUUGCCGGAGGUUUGAAAUACACAUUUGAGGAAUUUUCUACAUUGUUAGCGCGAAUAGAAUCUUGUUUGAAUUCGAGACCUUUAUGUCCAUUAUCGGAAAAUGUUGACUGUUUAGAUUGUUUAACGCCAGGCCAUUUUCUUACUGGUGGCAAACUAUUAGCACCUCCUGAAGUUGAAGUUUUGGAAGCUCCGAUAUCUAUUCUAAAUCGUUGGCAGAGAGUUAAAGCCUUGAAUCAACGUUUGUGUGCUAGAUGGAAGGAUGAAUAUUUGAAGGAUUUGCAAAAACGUAAUAAAUGGAAAUAUGUGCGGAAAGACAUGCAAAUCGGUGAUAUGGUAGUCAUUCGGGAAGAUAACUUGCCUACAAACGAAUGGCGUUUAGGUCGCGUAGACAAGCUGAAUAUUGGUAAAGAUGGCCACGUUAGAGUUGUUGAGUUAAGAACAGCACGUGGCUCAAUAGUAAGACCAGUUGUGAAGUUAGUGGUACUUCCAACUGACUAG